AUGCCCGAAUCCGAGAACUCGCCAACACAACCCCCGUCGGUGCAGACCAUCCCAGGCCGGCCCGCGCCCAGGAAGCGCAUCGGGUUCCGUAAGUCCCAGAACGGCUGCCUGCGAUGUAAGAAGAGAAAGACCUGCCUGCCUUCACAAUCACCGUUGGGGGAUGAUGGGCCGCUCGCCUCUCCCACAGGGACUCCUCUGGUCCCAUUCUCGUUUCUAUCGGCAGAUCCAGCCGAUACACCCGAGUGCUGGCUUUCCAAUGCCGAGCUCAUCCUCCAUUACACCAAUGUGACCUGCCGCUCCAUCCCCUCGGGACAUGCCAUCACGAUAUACCAGGUCGAUAUUCCGCGGGAGGGUCUUUCCCACCCCUACCUCAUGCGUAUGAUCAUGGCCCUUUCCUCGUUCCACCUGGCGUACCUGAACAAGGACAAGCGGUCGCACUAUCUCGCCCUAGCUAACAAGCAGCAGAGUCUGGCGAUUCGAGGCCUACGCGGGACGCUUGGGCAGACCGUCACUCCGCAAAACCGCCACGCUCUCUGGGCCUCAUCCAUCUUCCUCGCCAUCAGCAAGCUUGCAUUCUCCCCCAAUUGUGAGCACCAUCAACAUAGCUGCUGCUCGGCGCUGUUAAACCUGGUCGAUAUAUUCUCCAUGAUCAACGGCAUGAUGGCAAUUACUCGCUCGUCCCUACAUCUUAUCCGAAACGGACCAUUGCAAGCCAUCUUCAGGCAGCGGCAUGGCUUUCGAUACGCCAGAGGCGAUCUCCAGGACUUGUUGCAGAGGGUAUCCCAUCUCGAUGGAGUAAUCAAGUCUAUGGGCCUUGAAGCAGAUCCGUUUGUCCAAUUGGCCCUGACGUCCGCUCUCGAUCGUCUCAUCAGCUGCGUUGCCGAUAUCAACAAGUCUCCUGACAGUGAGUUCUUCAUUACGGACAUGAAGAUCCUCUUUGUCUGGCCGUCCGAGGUUUCCCAGACGUUUUUGGACUUAGUCAGGGCCCGUUAUCCACAGGCCGUCAUCAUUCUGUCGCACUACUGUUGCUUAAUUCGCUGGUCUUCGUCAGCAUAUUGGUUUUGUCGAGGAUGGGGACGCGCACUGGCGGAUUCUAUCAUGAGCAUACUUGAGGACUCGGAUUUGGCGCACUUGGCUGAGUGGCCGGUGAAGGUGAUGCGUGUACAUGAAUAG